AUGGACUGUGGCCAUGCAGCCAUUGACCACCAGACUACCUGCAAGAGGAGACCAGAAGUCUAUUUGCAACUAAUUCUUGCCACUUGGGAAGGAGGUUAUAACUUACAAUGUCAAAACAUGACCAGUGCAGGAGAAGCCGACAUCCGGGUGGCCAGGUGGUAUUACUUCUCCAAAGUCAUUGAAUUUGCUGACACGGUGUUCUUUGUUCUGCGGAAGAAAAAUAGUCAAAUUACUUUCCUUCACGUUUAUCAUCACGCCACUAUGUUUAACAUCUGGUGGUGCGUCAUGAACUGGAUACCUUGCGGACAAAGUUUCUUUGGACCCACCUUGAACAGUUUUAUCCACGUCCUCAUGUACUCCUACUAUGGACUGUCCGUCAUUCCAUCCAUGCGCAAGUAUCUGCGGUGGAAGAAAUACCUCACUCAGGCACAACUGAUCCAGUUUUUGCUCACCGUUACACACACGCUCAGUGCAGUUGUGAAGCCAUGUGGAUUUCCAUUCGGUUGCCUCAUCUUCCAGUCUUCAUACAUAGCCACACUUGUCAUUCUAUUUGUUAACUUCUAUGUUCAGACAUAUCGGAAAAGACCUUCAAGAACCAAUACAAAAGAGGCCUCUCUGGUCACAGAAGUCAAGAACGGGUUCCAUAAAGACUACAUAAUGGCAGCUAAUGGUGCUCUGAACAAAAAAUCACAAUGAGAAAUAUAUUUUAUUAUACUGUAGUGUACAAAAUCCUCUUUUUUUUUUUUGCUAAAGCCCCCCAAAACAUGAAUUGACCAGGCAGUUGUGCACAGCUUUAGUAUGAGAUUUGACUCUGUUUCGUUAAAGUUUAGCAAUUUUUACUCCCUUGUUUAACUCACAAUUGAUAACUUGGUUUUAACAAUGUAGUUUCAAAUGUUUUGAUA